UGUGUGUGUGCAUGCGCCGGACACAUCAUCGCAUCUCGUAAUUUCAUACAUUAAUUUUUCAGUAUUUUUUUACACUGUCAUACUCAGUUUUGUUCCCACCUGACCUAAAAUUUAGACCCACUGUGGUAGUUUCUGUUGUUAUUUUUAUUUAUCUAUUAAUUUUACAUAACCAAUACUUAAGCCAUUCUUUACGUUUUUGCGUCUGAUGGCGGCGAACCGGGUGGGGCGGCGGGUCAACAAGGUGUGCAACCACCAGUCGCCCAACCGGGCCCGCGGGGGAGGCGGCGGGCGCGAGCCGGGCGGCCACAGCCUGCAGAGGCGCCAGGCUCGAGUUACUGUCAAGUACAAUCGCAAAGAGCUCCAGAGGAGGCUGGACGUGGAGAAGUGGAUCGACUGCGGCCUGGACGAGCUCUACAGGGGCCGGGAGGAGGACAUGCCCGAGGAGGUGAACAUCGACGAUCUUCUGGACCUGAAGACGGAUGCUGAGAGGACACACAGACUGCAGGAGAUUCUUCACUCGUGCAACAACAACACUGAGGUGUUCAUUGGGGAUUUGGUUGCCAAACUUCAUGGCCUCCAGAAGCAGGAGGAGCUGCACAACGACGGGAUCGACCAACCACAGCUCCACAUCUAUCCCGCCCGUCCCGGAUCGGCCGACAGGGAGAUGCUGCACUGAGGAAGCGAGCGCACCCCUUCUACUAACCUCACGCUGGCCACCUGCCAUGAGGAAUCCCGGACCACAAAACAAGCACGCCCAAAUCCUGCAUCCAUCCUCCUCCAAGUGUUUUCCUUCGUCCAAAACUUCAACCAUGAGGCACAACAAACACAACCUCAAAAAUAUAUCUCCCAGAACCAGCAAGAACCUCAAAGCACAACAAGAAGUGGACCAUCAGAACUUUGAUGAUGAUCCCAAAUCUAUCAAUACACUUGACAAACAAUCUGA